AUGGACAAAGUCCAGGAUCCCUCCAGCCUCGCACGCUUAUCCGACGGCAUGUCCACUGAAUUGGAAAAUACCCUCCAUUCGAUCGCGCUCAGCAACAAUGCGGCCGAUGCCGCUGAGCCGGAGAUCAUUCCAUUUCGAACAAAGAGUCCCCCGGUGACUCCUCAGAAGGCAAUCUCCAUCAUUGGUCGCGAAGUUGGAUCUGUCAAUGAAGUGGAUAGUGCAAGAGGAAGACAAGAAGUCAAGGGCAGCGUCAUUUUGUCCACGACGGCAGCAGCCAAGAGAAAGAAGAAAAAGAAUCACAAGGCGAAGGCCGCUCAGGCGCUGAAUACCGUCAGAGGCUUCACUCCGGUAGACUCGGGUGCCGAAGAUUCGGAUGCUUCACGCGGUAGUCCACGAGUCCUGUCACCCACUCCUCGUCUACCCGCGUUGGCUGGUGCCAGUCCGGGCCUGCGACCCCAGUCACCUGGUGUCAGCAGUUUAAAAACCCAACUCGACGCUCUCAAUUCUCGCAGUCAGAGCCGUUCAACCUCUCGUGCUCGAAACAAUAUCGGUUCGGAGGCGACGAGCAGUGCAACCAGCGCAGCCUCCGACACACCCGGCGAAGAGGCCAGCGAAGAUAUGGUGAGCUACAAUGUCCCGAUCGACCAAGACUUUGUUAGCCAGUCGCUGGCCGAGACGGAAGCACACCCGGCGUCUACCUCAACCAUGAAUGCGGAUCAGCGUGCGACGUCAAUGAUAGCCCGUAAAAUGACGGCAGCGGAUUUCACCCCCAUUCGCUGCCUCGGUGACGGCGCUUUUGGGACCGUGCUUCUGGUGCGGCAAAAUGCCACCGGCAGAUUAUUCGCGCAGAAGCAACUUACCAAGGCCUUCCUGAAAGUGCAUAAGAAGCGAAUCGAGUCCACCAAGUCCGAGCGCACCAUUCUCGAACUGGUCAAUCGUCAUCCGUUCAUUGUCAACCUCUAUUAUGCAUUUCAAGAUCAUGAGAAGCUGUAUCUGAUCCUCGAAUACGCCUCUGGUGGAGAACUCUUCCGUCAUCUGGAGCUCGAGAAAUUCUUCUCCGAGGAAGUGGCUGCGUUUUAUAUCGCUGAGAUCGUCUUGGCCUUGGAUUAUCUUCACAACACGGUCGGCGUCAUCUAUCGUGAUCUCAAGCCGGAGAAUUGUUUGCUCAAUGCUGAGGGCCAUCUUCUCUUGACCGAUUUUGGCCUUAGCAAGGUUGCCGUUCAAGAUGCCAGUACCCCGGGAGGCAGCCGUUGCAAUAGUCUGGGAGUGGGUACGAUUGAAUACAUGGCCCCCGAAAUUAUCCGUGGUUCUGAUGAGGCUAACUUUGGUCCGGGUUAUGGGAAAGCCUGUGAUUGGUGGUCUCUGGGGGCAAUGGCUUGUGAUCUUAUGACCGGCAAACCUCCAUUUGGAGGUGGAAGUUGGACAAAGAUUCAACAAAACAUCCUAUUUCAAAAGCUGAGUCUGCCUUACUUCUUGUCGCCGGACGCCAAAGAUCUUCUCACGAGGCUUCUCCGCAAAGAACCUCGAAAACGGCUUGGCGUGGGUUCCAACGACAUCAGUGUCAUCAAGAAGCAUCGAUUUUUCCGGAAGAUCGAUUGGAAGAAGCUGGAAGCUCGCGAGCUUGACCCGCCUAUCAAACCAUUAGUCACCAAUCCUGAACUGGCCGAGAACUUCUCAAAAGAAUUUACCGAUCGAGCAAUUGAUACUGUUGCCCGAAGACACAGCAGGACCUUGAGCAAAUCCGAUCCUUUUGGUGGUUUCAGUUACGUGGCAAGCCACAGUUUACUCGAAGAGUCUUUGCUCUCCGAAUUAGACGAGGCCAUCAUCGACGAAGAAUUCUAG